GUGAAACUAGUUUACUCAAACCUUACGCCAUUGACAUGUGAACUUCUGCCGCCAUCUUCUAUCACCAUUAAAUUACAUCCUUUCUGAACAAGAUUGUAAGAAAGGUUCUAAAGAAUGGCAGGUGGUGGGGAAUUGAAGCUAAGGUACCGGAUACUGAUCGGGGUGGUGGCAGGCGGAGCCGUGCUGGCCGUAGUGAUCGGCCUCGCCGUUGGCUUGACAGUACAACGAUGCAACGAAUCAAAAGAGGAAAUCGUUAGGGUCGGUGUACUGUUUCUAACCGACAACGACGCAGCGGAGGCCCUGAAGGAAGCGGCGAUGUUGGCCGUGGAUGACAUCCGUGCCCAUCGGGAGAAGGUACCGUCAGCUCCGGACAUCCAGGUCCACAGCGUAGACUACAAUGGAUCUUCAGAUGGAGCCCUGCAAGCUUUCCGUGACCUGUACAACCGACAGGGCGUGCGUCUGUUCGUGGGUCCCCAAACCAGCAGCCAUGCGGUCCAUGUGGCGGAGUGGGCGACGGUGAACGCACCAGACGCGGUCUUCAUUUCACCACGAGCAACAUCUGAACGCUUGGCCAACGCCACAAAUACCAUACGCCUCAGCAAGGGCAACCAACCUCUUGCCCUGGCCUUGUACCUGAAGCUAAAAAGCGACAACGUCUCCGUCGUCAUCCCGGUACACGUCGAGGACAUCUACGCUACAGACCUGGUGCAGAGGAUUCGCGACCUUGCGGACGGUACGAUUGACAACAUUACAGUCGGUACUAAUAUCAGCUACGCGCCGGGGACCAUCAACAACAAGGAAGAAGCACGAAGUCUCACUGACCAACUCCGCGAUUCCCUUAGGGACAACCCGGACGCAGUCGUCCUGCUCGUGUCGCAUUCUGAAGCAAGGUACAUCCUGGAAGCAGCCAACAAUGACACUGUUCUGUUGAGUCGUAUGUGGUACACCGGGGACUCCUUGGCUCUGCGAGAGGACAUCCUGAGCUCUGAUGACGCAAAGCUGUCAGCACAGACGGUAAGCCUGUACGGACUGGUUUUUGCAGGGGAGGGGCUUCACAGCAAACGAAGGAUGCGCAAGAUGCAGACCCUAGCCGACCGCCUGAAACGCUCGCCUCCCGUGUAUGCUCCGCUGGCCUACGACGCAGUCAACCUGAUCUACGACACAUGUCAGAUCGUGCGCACCACCGAUGCUCCGACGGUUCUUGUACACCUGACCCGCGAGGCGGAAUGGCAGAACGGACUGUCCGGCAGGCUGGCGAUCGACUCCACAAGGACCCGCGCAUUUGGAGGUUACCUGCAUUCGUUCGUCGCUCCACGUAUUCCAGAUACCAGCAAGGUCACGGUCGCCAUAACAGGGUCCUGGAUUCUCGACGGAUUGUCGAAGGUAUCUCACGUGGAGGAUGAGUCUGACCAGGAGAGCGGCAGGAGGGAGGUACCUUCUUCUGACAUAGCGUCCAUGUCUGCUGUGAUGUCCGCUGCAACGUCGUCUGCCUCCAUCUUCAACAAGUCUGAUGUCAUGGCACUGAAGGCGCUGGCUGGAGACGACUGUCGCAACUCGACGUUUUCCAUCAACGCUACGGAUCCUGCAACGUACAUGCAGAUGGAACAUAACUUCACGGAAGACACGUUUCCAGAGGUGUUCAUAGUAUCAACUAACUACGGCUACAGUCUGCAGAUGAACUGUGACAAGCCGGAAGGUCCGGUGACGCUGGACGUGCUCUGCCCGCCAAGCACCAAUCCCAGUGACAACAUGGAAUGCGUGCAGACCGUCACCUAUCCUGUUUCCGAUCAGGGUGGCCGCCGCCGCCUACUGUUGUCCAAGGAUACCGCAGUUGCUAUCGGAACAUGUGUUGGCACCACUGUUGGGUGUAGUGUUUGUAUCGCAGUCCUGGGAAUUUUCACACUUGGCAUCUCUGCAGCUUCGUGCGUUUCGCCUUGCGCCUUCGGUAUUGCAGGAUCCUGUGGCACUGCUGCUGCAAAGGGUAUAAGCGAUGACAAGAUCAUCUGCACUGAACUUUUUGUCCAAGGUCACCUGGAUGCCCAGACCUACCUGGCUGACGCCGCCUUUGGUCGCCAGCUAGCUGCAGAGUUCCCACACGUGAUGGAGGGGUACCACACCCUGGCCAACCCCAUCGUGUGGCUGAUGCAGCGGUCCGACACUGCUACAUCCAUUGUCAAGACCUUCGCCCUCCCCUGGGCCCAACACAUGAGCUACCUACAGGACAUGGUGGAUGAAGGGGACGAGUUUGGGGCCAUUGUCAUGGAGAUAGGGAUGGUUCUGAGCGGUGCGGUGGGGAGGGUCAUGUGGGCAGCCAGGGCUGUCAUGGCACUGGGAAAUGUCAUCCUGAUCACUGUCCUUAUUGCCAUGGUUACCAUUGUGGCAUGCCUCGCUAUGGGCAAGAACAAAGCUUGAGAUGAUUAGAGAACCUUGGGGUGUGUUCAGGAAAACCCCGACUUAAAAUUUAAUUCCAUUUUGUAUCAUUCCAUGUUGAGUAUCUGAUCAUGAGUUAACAUGCUAAUGCUAUCACCAUAUAUUCAGAUAGUCUUCAUAUAUACAGCUGUACAUUGUUCUUCUUGUGAAAGACGUAACUUUGUAUUGAUUUUAGUUUGUGAGGAAAUGCUUUGUGUUGACAUAGUUGAAUAGUGCAAAUCAUUGCCAUAGCUGUAAUCACAUGUUAGUAGUGCCUGUAUUGUAAACCCUAUUAAGUAUUUAAGACACAACUUCCAAGAAUUAACGAAAAGUGUGAUAUAAAAGACA